AUGUGCCGGGACUUUGGAGAGAUUGUCUCAAAUUGCGCAUACUUUGUUGUAUGUGUGUAUCUCCGUACCGAUCGCAAAUUUAGUCUAGACUGUGUAAUUCGAAGCCCUACCAAGAUGAACCAUAUGAAAUUUGAUUUUGUCCCCAAACCAAGAGAGUUCUACACAAAUAGUCUACAUGAAGCUUUUGUCAAGUAUGGAAAAGCCGAGAAGUUUGAAAAUGAGCAAUUGAUAUUCUAUACUUGGGAAUUUUCGAGUAAUCAUGGUAUCAUGUUCAUGGUUGAAAAUCAUAUGAAUAGGUUUGUCAGUGUCAAAGGAAGUCAAGAUGAGACCGGGUACGAGAUCAGCCAAUGUUUCUUACAAUUUGAGACAAUCUCUCCAAAGUCCCGGCACAUUGUGGGUGGAUUUUAUUGUGAAUAUUGGAAGACGAAAUGUAAUGUUAAACUGGAGUACACCGUAUCCCGUUUUGCAUUUGCUCCGUUUUAUUGGCUUGACCGUUAUUUGGACUACCUUUCUUAA